CGUCGGGCUAAGUAUAUACGUCUGCAAGAUGGCUAUAACAGAAAAAUUCGCCCGUAGUGGCUAUGCUGCUGACAUUAGUGAAAAAAAUGGAAAAGUCUCAGACAUGGAUACGACACGCAAUAAUACAUCCAAUGAAGGCACUGGAAUUUCUCCCAAGAACAACAAUAAGGAGGAGCAGGCCAGAGAAGAGAAGAGAAUCAUAAGGGGCUGGAGGUGGGCUUUGGCUUACACCUCUCUCAUGUCUACCGUCUUGCUCUUCGCUUUAGAUAAUACUAUUAUCGCGACCAUCCAACCGACCAUUGUCGAAAGCUUCGGCGACCAGACAGCUCUGGCAUGGAUCGGAGUCAGUUUCGUGCUGGGCCAGUCUCUCAUUCUGCCUAUUGGAAAAGGUUACGGCCUCUUCAACAUGAAGUCGUUUUUCCUUGUUAGCUUAUUCCUAUUUGAAGCCGGCAGCGCCAUUUGCGGUGCCUCGCCUAAUAUGGCAGCUCUCAUCAUUGGCCGUGUCGUAUCGGGCAUCGGCGGCAGUGGCGUAUAUGUCGGAGGCUUGACGUACAUCAGCGUCUUGACCACGAAUGCAGAGCGACCCAUAUACCUCGCCGGCGUCAUGUCUAUAUGGGGAUUUGGCAACGUUCUAGGCCCGAUUAUCGGCGGUGCCCUCGCGCAGAGUGCCGCCACUUGGCGCUGGGGGUUCUACAUCAACCUCCCCAUUGCGGGCCUGUUCGCGCCCGGAUACCUCUUCUUUCUUCCCAGCAUCAAUGCCAUGCCGGACGUUUCUUUCCGAGAGAAACUACGGAUGCAGGAUUGGAUCGGCAUAAUCAUCUUUACUGCCUUUUGCGCCUGUUUCUGCAUGGCUGGUAGCUUUGGUGGCACUCUUUACGAGUGGAAUAGCGGCUCAGAGAUUACGCUCUGGGUCAUGACUGUUGUGCUGCUGAUUGCCUUCAUCUUCGUAACCAUUUAUCACCCGUUUGUGCCGCCAGAAGCCAGGAUGAUGCCAACUCAGUUUAUGAAGAACAAAGAUCUCUUCCUGCUGCCUUUGCAAGCAUUUCUUGUUGCAGGCUCGAUGAUGAUGUCAAUCUAUUAUACGCCGUUGAUCUUCCAGUUUACUAAGGGUGAUGAUCCUUUGCAAGGCGGGGUGCGCAUUUUGCCUCUGAUUUGCAUGAUUGUCUUUGGCUGUCUGUUGAAUGGUUUCGUGAUGCCCAAAACCGGAUACUAUUUACCUUGGUACGUCGUCGGCAACGCCUUGUUAGUAACAGGCGCUUCUCUGAUGACGACUAUCGACGUCAAUACUUCCAACUCCCGCCUCUAUGGCUUUACGGUGCUCAUCGGCCUAGGGAUCGGGUGUUUUCAGAGUGCUGGGAUUGGUAUUGUGUCGGCGCUCGCCCCGGCCUCAGAGGUCAACAACGCGGUAUCAAUCAUGACCAUUGCACAAGUUCUGGGAAUUAUUUUAGCCCUUUCCGUGUCAGGCUCAGUUUUUCAGAAUAUGGCCCUAACCUAUCUCGCCGCUGCGUUGCCAGAUGCCCGAAGGGACGAGAUCAGUCAGCUAGUGACGGGAACUAGUGGCAGUUUUUACAAGAGCCUGGAUACUGCGCAAAAGCUCUUGGUUGUCGAGCAGGUAACAGCAGCAAUCCGCGAUAGCUUCUACUACCUGGUCGGUAUCACUGCCAUUGGUUUCAUAACAUCUCUAUUUAUGAGUGUAAGUAAUCUUUGA